CCUAGGCUGGCCUCAAACUUGUGGUGAUCUUCUUGCUUCGGCCUCCUGAGCGCUGGGAUGACGGGAGUGUCCCACCACACUAGGAUUUCCUCGGAGUUUUAUGGUAGAACGUGGGAAGUAGGAGAGCCACCCUUCCACCCACCACAGAGAUCCAGCGGGGAAGGGACUCCGUGCUGGCGUGAGGGACACCCUGUCCUCUUCCUUCUCACUCUCUGCCUGGCCCUCUGCUGACACUGCCCAGUGGCCCCUAAGCUGAUAGUGCCUCCCAGAGCCGGCCCCAGCCCCCUCGCCAGCGAGCAGACUGGCUGCCUCCGCCUCCCUCCGGACGCAAACCAGCCGGACCAGCUCUCCUGGUGCCGCCCUGGGCCCCCUCCCGCCAGCCAGGUCCCAGCGUACCAUCGGGGACACCUUCAGGCGGCGAGCGGGUCCCGCGCUGCGCUCGGACAGAGUGCGUGCGCUCCUGGGCGAACAUGGCCUUGCAGAGCCAGGCGUGGGCUCCGGCCACACCCAUGCCGGUGGCCGAGAGCUCCCUCUACCGACAGCGGCUGGAGGUCAUCGCCGAGAAGCGGCGGCUGCAGGAGCAGAUCCGCACGGCGCGCCGCGAGCUGGAGGAGGAGAAGCUCCGCGUGCAGCGGCUCAAGAGGAAAUCCCUGCGUGAGCGCUGGCUGAUGGACGGCGCCGCUGAGGGGCAAGAUCAGCCCCCGGACCCUGCCGCCCAGGACCCCCAGUCGCCCGAGGGCCAGGCCCAGGCUCGCAUCCGACACCUGGAGGACAGCUUGUUCACACUUCAGUCUCAGCUCCAGCUGCUGCAAAGCGCGUCCACAGGUGCCCAGCACCGGCCCCCGGGCAGGCCCUCCUGGCGCAGACAGGGCCACCGUCCUCUUUCCCAGCCCAUCAUGGAGGCAGGUCCUGCAGGCCGGGUGGAUGUGGACAGAAGAGCUUCCCUGCCGGUGGGGCCCAUGGGUUUGUCCCCAGAGUUGCACUCUGAGCCCGUUGAGGGGGCCCCGACGCAGGUCUCUGGAGCAGAGGGGUCCCCCCAGGAAGCCAAUGGCCCCUGCUCGGGUCCCAGCCCACCUCCCGAGCAGGGGCAGAGCCUGGGGACAGGGACCACAGCAGAGGGGGGCGUGGUGAAGGCCAAAGGGGGGGACGUGGUAGAGGUGGUGUGGGAGGGGCUCCGGGGGCCCCAGGACUGUGCCAUGGGUGCCACUGGCCUGGAGCUGGAGGCCAGGGUGGAGCAGGUGGUGCUGGAGGCCAUAGCGGACAGACAGGGGCCCGGCGGCCCCGAGCUCCCAGCCUGGGUGAGGGAGGACAGGGGCGUGGUGGAGGUGGUCUGGGAGGGGCUGGGGGGCAGUGACCCAGAGGCCCCGGAGGAGGUGGGCAGUGGUGAGCGGGGGCUCCGGGAGCGCCUGGGGGGCGUGGGGUCCACAGACAGGGAGCCUGACAGGCAGGGGAGACCUGAGGGGGACGAAGGCUCCUUCAUCUGGGUGGAGAGGGUGACGGUCAGUGAGGACUGGGAGGAGCUGCUGAUGGAGGGCUUAGAGGGGCCCCUGGCGGCCGGCAGGGAGGCCGUCAAGGGACCACCAGGGACGGAUGGAGGGGGAGGUGGGGACCCAUGGGCCGCGGAGAAGAGGAGGGCGGAGGGGCCUGUGGGAGCGGGGGAGACGGGGACUGAGGAGAGGCAGGGGACAGAGCGGGACGGGGCGGAGGGGCCGCUGGAGCGGGUGCAGCAGGAAGGAAGUGCGGCGCGCGCAGAGCUGGAGGGGACAGCAGGGGAGCAGGAAGAGGGGGCUGAACGGGACAUGGGAGUGCAGAGGGAGGGUGUGGAGGGACCUCUGAGGGCAGAGAGGGGACGCAGCGGGGAGACGCCAGGAGCAGAAACGGAGGCGCCCCUGGGAGCGGAGGAGAGAGGCGAGGGGAGGGCGGCGGAGAACGCGGAGGCGCCAGCGGGACCGGGGACAGCAGGCGAGGAGGGGUCCCUGGGAGCUGGGGGCGGCGGGGCGGGAGAGCGAGGGGCGGCGGGGACGGAAGGUGAGGAGCCCGCGGGCACAGAGGAGGAAGGAGGUAAGGAAGAGCCAGGGGCCGCUGGAGAGCUCGUGGUGACCCAGGGGACAGCAGGGGAGGAGCUGUUGGGGGCAGAGGGGACAGCAGGGGAGGAGCUGUUGGGGGCAGAGGGGACAGAGCCUGUGGGGACAGAGGGGACAGGAGGGGAGGAGCCGUUGGGGGCAGAAGGGACGCCUGGGGCCCGGGACUUGCAGGAUGGGACAGAGCAGAGGGAAGCGGGGGAGGGGCGGGAAUCCCAGGCCGAGGCGGGGAGCGAGGCGGGGGCGCCCCUCGGGGUCGCACAGGAGCUGGCACCAGAGCUGCAGCCCCCAGAAAAGCAAGAAGGAUCCCCGAAAGAGGAUGAGGGGGCACCCAAACCUCCGGCAGAGGCACAGGGUCCCCCUGGGAAUGCCACCCCACUCCUGGCAGAGACCCCGGCCCCAGACCAGCCCACCGAGAGCCAGCCACUGCUUCCGCGAGAGGGACCCAGCACCAACCCCAGUGCCCACCCUGCGCCCACCUAUGCCCCCACUCGGCAGCCUGAACCCACCCCCCAGGCCGAGGGGGAGGAGGCGAGCGGCCCCAAGCAGAAGACGUGCCAGUGCUGUGCGGUGAUGUGAGCCUGCGCCCGCGCCCCACCCAGUGCCUCUCACAGCUACCUCGCCUCCUGGCAUCCACAGAGGGUUGCGGGCACAGACAGGGCACCAUAGACUGGCCGCGGCACCUGGCAGCCAGCCGGCCCACCCCCCUGUGCCUGGGCUUCCCCUGCCCAUGCCUGUGACCCUGCCUCCCUUCUGUGACAAAGCCUUUAUACUUGAAAAUAAAAUGUUUAAGCACUCA